AUGAACCCUAUUGAGCUCGAUGGUUUAACCCACUCAACACCCCGCAACGGGAAUGGCAGCCCUAGCAGUGGUUUUGUUGGAUAUAGGACGUCGGCGGCCCAGAACCACCAUGAGCCUAUUGAAGGCUGGCCUCGGCUGGCGUCCUUGAUGGCCCAAAACCAAGAUUUCGCCGCUUUCCCAAGAUUCAAAGAGCUGAAUGUUAAAAGCUUGUUAUAUUACCAGUGCCAACUAGCAAGGUUCAAGAAAAAACUACUCGAUCUUGAGUGGGAAGAUGCUCCAAGGGAAGAAAACUUCCCGAUGUUUGCCGACGAAUUGGUAAUAAGCGACUCGGAGCAGUUCAAGACGGUCAAAGAAAUGAGAGUAGUACUAAAGGAAUACAACGAAGCUCUGCUUCUGUUCUCAAAGAUAUGCUCCCUCCCUGACCCGGAGCCUUUCAACAUGCGGACUCUCCGAAAGUGGCUGAAGCACAGGGACUGCGGCAAUUGGACGGUUCGCAGUACCGCUGGCCUUGGACUGGAGAAUACGUGGGGCAAUAUUUAUGCGAAUGAACCUACACCAAACCUUUUGAGAUGGUCCGCAAGGGUUCUACUGGGCUUAGUUUGGAAGUUAGAACCAAAGGAUAAACCUGCGUGCAAGGGCUUAGCUUGGACGGCGCCCCAGAUCAAAACAGACGGUUUAACACAAUGGGCAGUAGCUGAAUUUAUGCCCUGGUGGAGAGCCUUGCAUAAGAAGACACAGGGAGGGCAGCAUUUAACAAAAGGUUUGGUAUACUGGUCAGAAAGGCCCGCUUUGAGAGCGACAGGAAUACUAUCGACCGUGCUCGCAUGCUUACUUCCAACCGUUUCAGUUUGGGUCCUUGCGAAGGUUGAUGGACUCAACAAUUUGCUCUGGUGUGUCACUGGAUUUACCUUCCUCUUCGUCUUAGGGUUGAUUUUCCUCACUCAAGGGGAGAGCACGAGGACUGAGAUCUUUGCCGCAACUGCAGCGUAA